UCCCACUUUAUGCACAAGCUAGUAUAAUUUGUUAAAUAUUAAUUUUGUCCAAGAAAAAAGAAAUCAAUGAUUUAGAGGAAUGAGUAAGAAUGUCACGCUGCAGUUAAAAGGCAAGGGGCCGGCUUUAGGAAUCCAAUAGGUCUCUUCACUCCAAAACAAGAAAAGCACAUUCACUUCUUCUACUAUUUUAAUAUUUCUCCAUUUUACCUUCUUUUUUUUUUUUUGCCUCAUCUCUGCAUAUAUAUAAAAACCAUAACCCCUCCCUCCUUUCCUAGACAUAACCAAAAUUUGAAUUUGAAAAAAAAAUAAAAAAAAUCGCAUCAGUCAUAAUAUAUGAUUAUGGAUGAGAAAAAAUGUGUUGACGAAAGAUGGGUAGCAUGUUCAGAUGAAGAUGAAGAGGAAGAUGAAACCCUCUCUUUGAGUGAUCUCCCACUUAUUAAUCAAUGGAGAAAAGAAAAUAAAAACGACGACGACAACGCCCUUCUUCCCCCACAGGAUCAGGAAUUUGAUUUCUGCUCUGUCUCAAGAGAAUCGGAAAUGUGCGCCGCCGAUGAAGUAUUCUUCAAGGGCCAAAUCCUCCCGCUGCGCCACUCCGUCAGCUCAGAGAAAGGGCUGCUGCAAAACUACGACAGCCGCCGCCGGAGCUGCUCGAUUUACCGGUCGGAUUCCAUGGAUCACUACUAUUCAAGCAGAAGCAGCAGCAUGAGCAGCACCGGCACCGCCACCUCCUCCUCCUCCGCCAGAUAUAAGCCCAAAUUGCCGCCUCGCAUCCAGUUCCACUCCCACCCCAGCCCCUCCCCGCGCCUGCAUUUCCCCAGCAACCGCGCAACAGCCGCCAAUCAAAGGAAUUCCGCCAAAAAAUCGUCGAUUUGGAACGUCCUCCGCCUCGGGCUGGUCACGGCCCCGCCCGAGAUCGCUUUCCACGAUCUCAAAGCCCGCAACGGAAACUCCGGCAGCCGCCGCAGCACCAGCAGCAACUCCAGCGGCGAGAAGAAGAAGAAGACGACGCGGCCGCGGAUCCUCGGCGGCGGAUGCAGGUCCGCCGCCGACGCGGUCGACACGAUCGCCGCGCCGAGGGUGGUGAUCAUCAAGAGGAGUGCGAGCGACGGCCACGUGCGCGAUCAUCGGAGCGCCGCCAACGGCGUCGAGAAGUUGGCGGCGGCGAAGAAGCAUCUCUCGCAUCACCGGACGUUUGAGUGGCUGAAACAGCUCUCCGUCGAAGGCGGCGGCGCGGCCGAUCAAUCCUAGAUAGUAUUUUUUUUUUCCGAAGAAGAAAAGUUUAAUGUCGCGCAUGCUUGCUUUUUGUUUACUGUAGCUUAACUUUUUUUUUUUUUUUUUUGGGUUAUGUGGAUGUCGCUGUUUUAAUAAUUUGUCAUCACCUGUAGCUUACUUUAAUUAAUUUACUGAUAUUUAAUUGUGUACA